GCACGUCAGACCUGAGCCCCUUCUCCGACCCCCGGCAGUUCGACCGCUCCUUCCCGACGCUGCCGGCGCUCACCGAGACCAGGUUCUCCGACCCGCGGAUGCAUUACCCCGGCGCCAUGUCCGCCGCCUUCCCCUACACCGCCACCCCCUCGGCCACGGGCAUCGGCGGCAUCAGCAUGACCAGCAUGCCCGCCACCACGCGCUUCCACCACACCUACCUGCCGCCCCCCUACCCCGGCUCCACGCAGAACCAGAGCGGACCCUUCCAGGCCAACCCCUCUCCCUACCAUUUGUACUACGGCACGUCCUCGGGCUCCUACCAGUUCUCCAUGGUGGCGGGCGGCGAGCGCUCGCCCACCCGCAUGCUCUCGUCCUGCACGAGCGCCUCGGCGGGGAACAACCUCAUGAACCCCGCCCUGGGCAAUCAGAACGACGGGGUGGACGCGGACGGGAGCCACAGUAACUCACCCACCACCAUGACGACUACUGGGAGGAUGGAUGAGUCGGUCUGGAGACCCUACUGAGGGGAACUCAGCUGCGCACCAGUGUCUUUAGCUCAAUCAGCCACCUUUCGCUCCUUUUGGUAGUGACCAGAGCAAAGUGAUGCCUAAACCAAAGUCUCCCAAACCAAAAGCAAGCCAGGAUCCUCUGCAUGCAAGCACGGGCAAACAUCAAGCAAAGAUGGGCCAGGACCUACGUUGCAUUUCAAGGUGAACAUCCACGAGGCUUGAUGUGGUUCCUUUUGUGUGUCUUAAGUAUGUGGAUUGUACAUAGGGGAAAAGAAAAUAAAACAGGACACGUGGAAUCAGGUGUUUGUUACUCGCAGGACACUUCUCAGUCAUCUCACUCACACCUCUUCCCCUCACAAAGAGAGAGGAAAAGCUUCACCCUUCCUCUGCAAAAUGGUUCAGGGAAGAGAGAAGACCAGGGAGCCACCCAAACCAUCUCUCUGCCAGUGCAAGAGGACUGAACCGAGGAAA